AUGGCCUUCACAAUCCCCAAGACCUUGAAACUCAGCCAGCUGAAGCAAUUGACGCAAAAAUGUGGCCUUCCCAGCACCGGGACAAAACCCAUCCUCACCCAACGUCUCUACGAUGAAAUCACAAAGUCCAAUGCGUCGCCCCCGAAAGACGUAACUCGAAUUCUGAGUAUCGACAUGGGAAUUCGAAAUCUGGCGUACUGCAUUCUAGAAGUUCCGCCCGAAAAGAAGAAGGAAGAGAAAGGAGUUCCAAUAGUACGAGCAUGGCAUCGUCUUGCUGUGUCUUCUGCGCCAAAGAUCCUGCCCAUCGAUGAGAAAGCGAAGAAAGUGAAGAAGGAGGUUGAGAAGGAGAACUUUACACCUACGACGCUCUCUCAAAUCGCCUAUACCCUGCUGCGAAAAAGACUGCUGGUUCUGAAACCGACGCAUGUUCUGAUAGAACGACAACGCUUCCGAAGUAUGGGCUCGAAGCACAUUCUAGAAUGGACUAUCCGCGUGAACAUGUUCGAGUCGAUGUUGUAUGGGGUACUAUAUACCCUGAGAGAAGAGGGCAUAUGGAAAGGCAGUGUUGAAGCUAUUGCGCCGGGGAAGGUAGGCCCAUUCUGGGUAGGCGAAGAUGUAGAUGUAGAUGCUCAAGGGAAGUUGCGGAAGUCGAAGAGCGCCAAGAUUCAGAAUAAGGGAGCGAAGAUUGAUUUGGUCAAGAGAUGGUUAGAGGGCGAGACGACGUUGGAAUUAGGGAAUGCGGAAGUUGAGGGUAUGGCUCGGGCGUAUAAAGAGAAAUGGAAGAGGGGCGUUGGUGGGGGAAAGGCCGUUAUGAGCGAUGACGGAGAAAAGAUGGGGAAGCUGGAUGAUUUGGCAGAUUCGCUAUUACAGGGUAUGGCAUGGAUUCAAUGGGAGGAGAACAAGAAGUUGGCUCUGAAAAGAGGGGUCGAGGUAUUGCUAGAUCACUAA